AUGACAAUUAAAGUUGUACCUUUGGGUGCGGGUCAAGAUGUUGGUAGAAGUUGUGUAAUUGUUACAAUAGGUAAUAAGAAUAUUAUGUUUGAUUGUGGUAUGCAUAUGGGCUAUUAUGAUGAAAGAAGGUUUCCAGAUUUUUCAUACAUUUCAAAAAAUAAACAAUUUACAAAAAUUAUAGAUUGUGUUAUUAUUACACAUUUUCAUUUAGAUCAUUGUGGUGCAUUACCUUAUUUUACAGAAAUGGUUGGAUAUGAUGGACCAAUUUAUAUGACACUACCAACUAAAGCAAUUACACCAAUUUUGUUAGAAGAUUAUAGAAAGAUUACAGUAGAUCGUAAAGGCGAUACAAAUUUUUUUACACCUCAAAUGAUUAAAGAUUGUAUGAAAAAAGUUAUUCCAAUUGAUCUACAUCAAACCAUUAAGGUAGAUGAAGAACUAUCAAUCAAAGCAUACUAUGCUGGUCAUGUCCUAGGUGCUGCUAUGUUUUAUGCAAAAGUUGGGGAUGAGAGUGUAGUUUAUACAGGCGAUUACAAUAUGACACCUGAUAGACAUUUAGGAAGUGCUUGGAUUGAUCAAGUUAAACCAGAUGUAUUAAUUACUGAAACAACUUAUGCUACUACAAUCCGUGAUUCUAAACGUGGUAGAGAAAGAGACUUUUUAAAGCGUGUUCAUGAAUGUGUCGAAAAAGGUGGUAAAGUUUUAAUUCCGGUAUUUGCGUUAGGUAGAGUUCAAGAACUAUGUAUUUUGAUCGAUUCAUAUUGGGAACAGAUGAAUCUCAGCCAUGUUCCAAUUUAUUUUUCAGCUGGUUUAGCAGAGAAAGCAAAUUUAUACUACAAAUUAUUUAUCAAUUGGACCAAUCAAAAAAUUAAACAAACUUUUGUAAAAAGAAAUAUGUUUGAUUUUAAGCAUAUCAAACCAUUCCAAUCCCACUUGGUCGAUGCUCCAGGCGCAAUGGUAUUGUUUGCAACACCAGGUAUGUUACAUGCAGGUGCUUCUUUAGAGGUUUUCAAAAAAUGGGCCCCAAAUGAAUUAAAUAUGACAAUUAUUCCUGGUUAUUGUGUCGUUGGAACAGUCGGUAACAAACUAUUAGCCAACAAUGCAGGCUCACAAAUGGUAGAAAUCGAUAAAAAAACAACAUUAGAAGUAAAAUGCAAAAUCCAUAAUUUAUCAUUUAGUGCCCAUGCUGAUGCUAAAGGAAUUUUACAAUUAAUUAAAAUGUCAAAUCCAAGAAAUGUAAUUUUAGUGCAUGGUGAAAAAGAGAAAAUGGGUUUCUUAUCACAAAAAAUUAUUAAAGAAAUGGGAGUAAACUGCUAUUAUCCAGCAAAUGGUGUUACAAUUACAAUCGACACAAUGAAAUCUAUUCCAAUCGAUAUUUCUUUAGGUUUGUUAAAAAAAGAAAUU